AUGGCUGAUUCCGCAAGUCAACUCGCGCGCCGAAUCAAUUGCACCUUCAAAGGCUGUAUGCGCGCGUUUCCCACUGAGAAGGAGCUUAUCAAGCAUAAAAAGUACUCCCCCGAACACGACUACUGCGUCAAAUGUAAUGAGGACUUUGAAGAUGAAGAGUCUCUCUUGAUGCACAAGAUUGAGAGCAGCAGACACAUUGUUUGCCCCAUCUGCGUGGAUGAAUUCAAAAGUGAGGGAGGGCGGGAUGUUCAUCUCCGCCAGAUCCAUUCUGCCGAUCAGAACCUCAAAUGCGUCGGCUGUCAAGCUUCGUUCAAUCGCGCCCAUGGCCUAAUGACCCAUAUCGAAGAAGGAAAAUGCUACGGUUUCAGCGGAGACGAAUAUCGAGCCCAGCGCGCCCAGAAGCGUGCUACCAGGGUAGCGUUGAACGGCAAUUUGGGCAACAAGAAAGCUCACUCUGGUGCUGCAACAUCCGCUGCAAGUGUCGAUGGCGGCGUGGAAAUCAAUAUCAUGGAUGAUUCUGAGUUUCCGGCUUUGGGAAAGGGCAAGGAAAAACUUCUCGCUGCAUCGGAGCCAGAAGGGGAAGAGAAUGCCAGUGUCUUCGAUGAUGGUGCUUCUGAACUGAGCGGAAUCACUCGUAGUAUUAAGCACUGGCCUGGCACCGGCCAUGUCGGGCAAUCACCAAGCAAGCAUGAGGACUUGAUGGCCUUCUCAGAAUUGGGAUUGGACGAUCAAGACAAUAAUGAUUCCCAGGACGAUGAGGAUGAGAAUGAGUUGGAUGAAUGGGGCGAACUACCACCCGAAACCGAAGAGAGUGAAAGGAAAAUGCCUCAGCAUUUUAUCCUCUGGGAGACAUCUCAGUUCUACAACAGCGUUCUUGGAGCAUAUGUCUGCCCGUGUGAUAGGGUAUUCAAGACCAACGCAGAGAUUUCUGCACAUCUGAGGUCCGGUAUCCAUGACGGCGGCGUUGUUUAG